AUGGCGAGUUCAAUUCUUAUGCACAUGCUUGAAGCAGCUGGCCUGCACUGUGAACCGUCUCAAGAAUCAGUCCUUCCAGUGACAGAAGAAAAGGUUGAUGCCGAACUUCGGAGACGACUCUUUGCUGUCGCCGAGCACCUCAACAUAUGGAUUUCAUUUGACAUGGGCCGGUCUAGGACCAUCCUGUGUAAUUCAACACUGGAAAUGCCUUGUUCGAGAGAAGGAGACUAUACUCUUGAACUUAUGGAGUUGCUCCCAUACUCAACGGAGCUUGAUCCGAAUAAGACGCAAGACGUUUCCGAGCUUGAGACCUCGCUGUCAACUGUCUUGAGCCGAACUCAUUCUGUUCCACCAUCAAUCAUGGCACAAACAAACCUCGCUUUGUGUCUCUGUCGUCGGCUCCAGUCUAUGAACACGACGUUCUCGGGAAGGGUUCUCGAACAGAUCCUCUCUAUCACGAAAACAGGCAUCGAAGCAGCUCAAGCUAUUCUGGAUGCACGCUCACCAUGGCAUCACAUGGCCAACGUGCCGUUUCAGAUUAUUUGUGUUUUACUUGCCAUUGAUACGGGUGAAUCAAUAGCUCAGCUCAAGGAUGCUAUGCAAUGUCUUAGUAACGUUGCUACUGUGUACAAUACCAAUGCUACGAAAGAGGCUCUCAACACGGCUUCAUUGCUUAUACUGAUGCAGCAGCGACGCAAGGAGAAGUGUGCAUCGACCUUGAGUGAUGUGCUGAAAACCUUUCCUAUCGUUUCUCUUCCUGAGACCCGAGAUGAGACUCCCGUUGCAGAGAUGGAUGAUAUGAGAUGGCUGAAUAAUUUGGUUGGAGAUCUUUCCAGUUUCGACUAUGCUGAUUUGGAUCGAUUUCUCUUCCCGAACAUGUUUUAA